AUGGGCUCGCUCCCGCUCGACGUCGUGCCGCGGAUCAUCACGCGCUCCGCCCCCGGCUCCGUCUACCGCAGCCCCCAGCUGUACGCGCGCCUCCGCCCCGACAUGGACGCCGACAACUCCACCGACGCGUUAGCAACUGUAUGGAGGCAAACUUACAAAGGUGGUGUUUGGCGACCUUGCAUACACAAUCUGACAAACAGUUUGCCUGAAUCAAAUGGCUACAUAUAUGUGGAGGCAAAUGGUGGUUUGAAUCAACAAAGGACAUCGAUAUGCAAUGCGGUUGCUAUUGCUGGUUUUCUAAAUGCUACUCUUAUUAUCCCGAAUUUCCAUUUCCACAGCAUUUGGAAGGAUCCAAGCAAAUUCAGGGAUAUUUAUGAUGAAGAACACUUUGUAAAACGUCUACAGAAUGAUGUUCGAGUAGUUAACAAAGUGCCUGAUUUUAUAAUGGAGCGUUUUGGUCACAAUCUAAGCAAUGUAUUCAAUUUCAAGAUAAAGGCUUGGUCUUCUAGUAAAUACUACAAAGAUGUUGUUCUUCCGAAGUUAGUUGAAGAAAGAUUGAUCCGAAUUUCUCCUUUUGCAAACCGACUCUCAUUCGAUGCCCCACCUGUUGUUCAACGGUUGAGAUGCUUGGUGAAUUUUGAAGCUUUAAAAUUUUCAAACCCAAUUGCUACUCUAUCGGAGACUUUAAUUUCUCGAAUGAGAGAAAAAAGUGCUGAAAGCAAUGGGAAAUAUAUCGCAGUGCAUCUUCGUUUUGAGGAGGUUGGAUUAAUGCUUCGUGGGAUGGGUUUCAGCAAUAAGACUGCAAUUUAUUUGGCCUCUGGAAAGAUAUACAAAUCAGAGAAAACCAUGGCUCCUCUUCUUGAAAUGUUUCCUCUUCUACAGACAAAAGAAACACUAGCAUCAGAUGAGGAACUUGCUCCAUUUAAGAAUUACUCCUCAAGGAUGGCUGCACUAGACUAUAGUGUUUGCACAUAUAGUGAAGUUUUUGUGACCACACAAGGUGGAAAUUUCCCUCAUUUUCUGAUGGGACACAGAAGAUACUUGUAUGGUGGACAUUCAAAGACAAUUAAGCCAGACAAAAGAAGGCUGGCCAUACUCUUUGAUAAUCCACGUAUCGGGUAA